CAACUUCCGUUUUCAGCACCGCGGACAGCUCCGUCUCUCUCAUUUUUUUUCUCCCCCCACCUCGCCGAGACCUUAUACGGCAGCUUGAGGCGGAGAGGUAAACUUUUGCCAAUAUCCUGACUGAAGAUUUGUACCCGGUUGUAUGCGGAGCAGUGUGCGCGUCCUUCUGCUCCCAUGUCCAUCACAGCCGCACGUCGCAGCUAGAAGCCAGAGCGUCCUCCACCCGACAAGGGGAGAGGCUCCGGAGACAGAUAAAGGCUCUCGAUAUGAAAUGAAUAUGCCCGGAUACGAUUCCGUGAGACAGAUUCGCCGUUAUAUGCUGCGGGGGAUUAAACUGUAAUCGUGGUCGUUAUUUAAAGGGAAAAAGAGAGAGAGAGAGAGAGAGAACAUUGAGAAGAAAAAAAAAGAGUCGAGUGACCCACAGCACAGAAACAGAGCCGAGAGAGGUGGUUGAAGAGAAAAAGACCGCUGAGCCAAAAAGGGGGGGGGGGGACGCGAAAGGAGGGAACCGAUCUGCAUGUGAGACCGCUGGUCCAGGCGCGCGCACACCGGAGGCAAGAGAUGCAGCCCGCGAGCAAGCUCCUGACUCUGAUUCUCCUGGUCUUCAUGGGCACAGAACUCACCCAAGUGUUGCCAGCAAACCCAGAGGAGUCGUGGCAGGUGUACAGUUCUGCCCAGGAUAGCGAAGGGAGGUGUGUCUGCACCGUGGUGGCGCCCCAGCAGUCCAUGUGCUCGCGGGAUGCUCGCACCAAACAACUGAGGCAGCUGCUGGAGAAGGUCCAGAACAUGACCCAGUCCAUCCAGGUGCUGGACCAGCGCACCCAGAGGGACCUUCAGUACGUGGAGAAGAUGGAGGUCCAGCUCCGUGGCCUGGAGACGAAGUUCAAGGAGGUGGAGGAGAACCACAAGCAGAACAUUGCUAAGCAAUACAAGGCCAUAAAGGCGAAAAUGGAGGCGCUUAGGCCGUUGAUACCAGUGUUGGAGGAGUACAAAGCCGAUGCCAAAUUGGUAUUGCAGUUUAAGGAGGAGGUCCGAAAUCUGACGUCAGUUCUAAGCGAGCUACAAGAAGAGAUGGGGGCCUAUGACUACGAGGAGCUCCACAACAGAGUGUCAAAUCUUGAGGAGAGACUGCGAGCAUGCAUGCAAAAAUUAGCCUGCGGCAAACUGACAGGCAUCAGUGAUCCGAUCACCAUCAAGACGUCUGGAUCCAGGUUUGGCUCCUGGAUGACGGAUCCUCUGGCGCCUGAAGGAGAUACCCGGGUUUGGUACAUGGACGGCUACCACAACAACCGCUUUGUUCGGGAGUACAAGUCCAUGCAUGACUUCAUGACGUCGGACAACUUCACAUCCCACCGGCUGCCGCACCCGUGGUCGGGGACGGGCCAGGUGGUCUACAACGGCUCCAUCUACUUCAACAAGUUCCAGAGCCACGUCAUCAUCAAGUUCGACUUCCGCACCUCCUCCAUCAGCAAGUCCCGGCAGCUGGACUACGCCGGCUUCAACAACGCGUACCACUACGCCUGGGGGGGCCACUCGGACAUCGACCUGAUGGUCGACGAGGGGGGCCUGUGGGCCGUCUACGCCACCAAUCAGAACGCCGGCAACAUCGUCAUCAGCAAGCUGAACCCCAACACGCUGCAGAUCAUCAAGAGCUGGACCACCAACCACCCCAAGCGGAGCGCCGGCGAGUCGUUCAUGAUCUGCGGCACACUCUACGUCACAAACGGAUACUCGGGAGGGACCAAGGUUUACUACGCGUACUCCACCAACUCCUCGACUUACGAGUACAUUGACAUUCCCUUGCAGAACAAGUACUCGCACAUCUCCAUGCUGGACUACAAUCCUCAUGACCGUGCCCUCUAUGCUUGGAACAAUGGCCACCAGGUGCUCUACAAUGUGACACUGUUUCACGUCAUCCGCUCAGAGGAACUGUAACGGAGGAGGAUUCAGUUAGGAUAGAUAGACGUUGUCCUUGCGAAGAAAUGGGGAAAAAAACCAAAAACAAGCUCAUUCUAUUCAAUCUCUAAAAGAAGAGACCAUAUCGAGAACAUCUUGUUAAAACAAAGAACUUGUGAAAGACUGCAUUAUCUGUGAAUGCAAAAUGCAUUGAAUGUGUACAUGAACGCAAAACUAUCAUUGAAGUGUUUCAUUCCAAAAUUAGAUGUUACUACUGGAAAAAUACUGCAAUAUUAUUUAUCUAAAAAAAACAAGAUCAUUGAAAGGAAUAUUAAGGUUUUGUAAAUAAAUGUCUCAAGAUGACUUUUUGAUUUUAAUGGUGUGUUUUAUUUUGAUAGCUGCCUUUAGUAGUGGUAUAAUAGAGGCAUUUUUAUUUUGGAAUGAAACUCUUUAAUCGUUUGUUGUCUAGAAAAAGAUGAUUGUAAACAUAGAAAAUAUAUUAGACUCAAAAUACUAAGAACAGAUGCCAAUAAAAGAAAAUACCACGCCUUUUUUUUAUAUAAGCAAAUAUCAACCUAAGGUCAUUCCGGCGGCUCCUCCCAGAUGGACUUUUCCGUGGCCGACAGGGGAAGGUCAAAGGUCAUGGGGUGGGAGGUCCUGGAACAACGACUGUUGGCUACAAACUGUAAGAUCCUCACCCCACCCAAGAUCCUACGGAUAAAAGUGGAAUGUCGGUCCAGUCAGAGGACUGGACAGCCAAGAGGAAGCGGGUCUGUCAUAUCAUUUUUAUCAAAGUACAGUAGCAAAUCUAAAGUCUGUAGAGAAAGAACAAUAACAUCUACUAAAAGACGUGAAGGCACUGACUGUUGAUCGCGCUGUUUUUUUGAUCUGAUUUUCCGUAUCAGUGGUUAUGUGUUGAAACGGAUUUCUUUGCAUGAUUGUUUUCUAUAACUCCAGUCUGCUUUGCUGAAUGUCCUUCGCUGUACGAUACUACAAAUUCAAGCGCGAAAAGGAGUUGGAAGAAGGCAAAACACAAAAGAUUUUGCUAAUAAUUUAUUUGUAUUUUUUUUAGUUUUCCCUCGGCUUCUCCCUGUGUAACAUCUGCUUCUUUUGCUUCUGUUUCUUUGCCUCCAUUUUAAAUGUUCUCGUACUAUUCAGCCGAUGGUCUCCUUGUAUUUAUUUUUUAUUAAACUGUCGAAGGAAUCUAGUUGGCUCACUGAUCUAUGAAGUUAAAAAAAAAAAAAAAACCGAAUUUCUGACGUAAUGCAUUGCUGGUAAGGGAACCUGGUUCGCUUAUCUUCAUCUCACAUGAGUCUGAAGUGGUCAGGGGUUUACAUAAAAAGAAUAAUCCCAUCUCAUAUCCUGUAUCCACCCCCAGCCCCCACUGCGAGUGGGGGAUGUUUGUUAAAUGUAUGUAUACCCUUGCUAAAAACAAAGGCUUUUCACUCUUUUUGCGCUUUGCUGGACAUGUAUUGUAUCUGAAAUGAGAUGGUCUAUGAAUCGUGUCAAUAAAACAGAGAAAUCUGA